AUGGCCGGUGAAGUCCCAACUGAGCAAUGGGCUCAAGUCAUUGAGAAGACCGGAGGCCCCGCUGUCUACAAGAAGAUUCCCGUCCAGAAGCCCGGUCCCGAUGAGGUCCUGAUCAAUGUCAAGUACUCUGGUGUCUGCCACACCGACUUGCAUGCAAUGAUGGGCGACUGGCCUCUCGACACCAAGCUGCCCUUGGUAGGUGGCCACGAGGGUGCCGGUGUCGUCGUUGCUCGUGGUGAGCUCGUCAAGGACGUCGAGAUUGGCGACCACGCCGGCAUCAAGUGGCUCAACGGAUCCUGUCUUUCCUGCACCUUCUGCCAAGACUCCGAUGAGCCCCUCUGCUCUAAGGCUCUGCUCUCCGGCUACACCGUCGACGGCAGCUUCCAACAAUACGCCAUCGCCAAGGCCGCUCACGUUGCUCGCAUUCCCAAGAACGUCAGCCUCGAGGCCGUCGCUCCCGUUCUCUGUGCCGGUAUCACCGUUUACAAGGGACUCAAGGAGUCAGGCGUCCGCGCCGGCCAAUGGGUUGCCAUUGUCGGUGCCGGCGGCGGUCUCGGUUCGCUGGCUCUUCAGUACGCCAAGGCUAUGGGCCUGCACACCGUUGCCAUUGACGGCGGCGACGAGAAGGCCGAAAUGUGCAAGAAGCUCGGUGCUACCGCCUUUGUUGACUUCACCAAGUCAGACAACCUCGUCGAGGAGGUUAAGAAGGCGACUCCCGAGGGUCUCGGCCCCCACGCCGUCAUCCUACUCGCCGUCAGUGAGAAGCCCUUCCAGCAGGCCUCCGAGUACGUCCGCUCCCGCGGCUCCGUUGUCUGCAUUGGCCUACCCGCCAACGCCUAUCUCAAGGCCCCGGUCUUUGACACCGUUAUCCGCAUGAUCAACAUCAAGGGUUCCUAUGUCGGCAACCGCAAGGACACUGCCGAGGCCCUUGACUUCUUCGAGCGCGGUCUCAUCAACGCCCCAUACAAGGUCGUCGGUCUCAGUCAGCUCAACGACGUCUAUGACAUGAUGAAGAAGGGCGCCAUUGCUGGUCGCUACGUCGUUGACAACAGCAAAUAG